AUGAAACUGUAUUUGGCUUUAUUCUGUGUUUGCUUUUUAGCAGCAACGAUGGUCGAGGGGGCUUCCGAGAUUCCAGAAAAGUUCUUCGGAAAGUAUGAUUUGGAUAAGAGUGAGAACUUUGACGAGUUCCUUGCUGCCAAAGGAGUUAAUUGGCUUGUGAGACAGAUGAUAAAGUUGGCCAAAGUCACCAAGGUUCUUGCCAAGAAUCCAGAAUCGGGAUACAACAUGGAAAACCUCACGUCCAAGAGAAACACGCAAUACCACGGAUGGCAGCUAGGAAAGACUUUCGAGGACGAUGGACUUGACGGAGAAAAACACAAGAUCACAUUCGACUUCAAAGAUGGUGUCCUCUCGGAGCACCACAUCCGUCUCAACGACCCCGACAACAGCGCCGAGACCUACUACUAUACCAUUGAGAAUGAUCAGCUUGUGAUGAAAAUGGUCAACAAUGGAAUCACGUGCCGUCGUUGGUUCAAGAGAUCC